AGCAAUACCAAGAUGUCGAAAGCUACUAUUAUUUUUGCUAUAGUUUGCCUUUGCGUGGCUGUUCAGGCUCAAACUACUGUAAGGCCACGUGAUCGAGAGAUUUGCCAAACUGAGAACGCCAAGUGUCUACGAAAUGAACGGCGAUUGGGAAGGGAAAGUGACAUCUCAAACAUCUUCAAUAAUCACUGCCGUGGAGCUGAUAGAUCCUGGCGCAAUAUUACUCGUUGCGAGCUAUCUUUGGCCACUUGCCGCUUGACUCUUGAAAAUUGUAGCCUCAUUAACUGCCAGAAUGUGAAAAGAACGCUUGGGGGUGGUGGAGUCACCGGCCGUCCUCCAACUUCACCGCGAACUACGACCCGCAGGACCCCAACACCUAGGACACCAUCUCCUGCACCUAGAACUCCGUCACCUCGUACUACCACCACUCGUAGGUCAGGAACUAGAACACCCUCUCCUCGUUCUACUACCACUCGUAGGACCCCAGGACCUAGGACUCCAUCUCCUCGUACUACUACCACUCGUAGGUCAGGACCUAGGACUCCUUCUCCUCGUCGUACUACAACUCGUCGCCCUUUGGAAGACUAAAACCCUUCAGAACU